GCGAAGCGAACAAGCUGGUCACGGCAGCAGCAGUGCCCUCCAUCCUCUACUGCAUGAGAGUGGCAGCACCGCCCACAUCGACAGUGCAGCAGCUGCGCCAAGCCGUCGCGAGCUCUGUCGGCGACAGCGUGGCAGGGCGGUCAGCGCCACUUGUUUUGCUGAGCGAGGGCGUGGACCCCGCGCACGUCACCAACAUAGGCCCCAUCGUGGACUGGGCCACCGCUUGGAAGGAACCAGUACACGACCCAGCGCUAGCGGACCGACUCACGGCCGCUUGGAAGCGCUGGAGCAUUCGCCUGUCGCAGUCCGCACGGCCAUGGACAUUGGCCCGAGGCCCCGCGGGAGCAUUGUUGGCCACGGCUCGCAGGCUGGGCUGGCAAUCGCAGGCGUCUUUCUCGCUCACCAUAGGCGUGGUCAGUGCUGAUUUGCACCUGGCCGGCGCAUGGUGGCUACACGAGCAG